AUGACCGUCGCAGCAAAUCGUGCAGAGUCCAUGGUCUGCAUGGACCGUGCUCGUGAUUCUAUCAAAACUGGUGAUGUGGGGAAAGCUCGAAGAUUUUUGGAGAAGGCCAAAAAGUUGGAUCCUUUACAAGACAUAUCAUAUCUCCUGAAAAAGGUAGAAGCUAUGGAGACGAGUAGUGAAUCUUCCUCAAAAGACUCGGAAGAUAGAAGUUAUGCUCAUGAUGACCACUAUGAGGAACCAGGAUUGAGAAGUAGAAAGCCGACUAAAGCCCCCACGAGAGCAGCUCAACCAACUCCUAGUAAAGUACCCGAUAAAGAUAAAAGAUCGAGAUCUUCUUCCCGAACGCCUAAAUUAGGUGUGGAUUAUACGAAAGACCAACUAGAAGUAGUUGAGCGUAUUCGUCAUUGUAAGGAUUAUUAUGAGAUUUUGAAGGUAGCUAAGACUGCUACUGAAGUUGAGAUUAAGAAAGAAUAUCGCAAAAUGGCUUUACAACUCCAUCCGGACAAGUGUAGAGCACCUCAUGCCACAGAAGCCUUCAAAGCUUUGGGCAAUGCUUAUGCCAUUCUCUCUGACGCUGAGAAAAGACGCUCAUAUGAUAUGUAUGGAGCUGAAUCCGUGUCUGGUGCUCCAGCAACGUCAAGACGAAGAGACGAUUUCUUCCAAUACGAUUACGGUCAUGGUUUUGAAGCUGAAUAUACUCCGGAAGAAAUCUUCAAUAUGUUCUUUGGUGGAGGCUAUCCAUCUGAUCCUAUAAGUAGAAGAAGGCAAAGGUACAACGGACAUGCCCAUGCGCAUCGUGAGGAGAUGCACAACCAAAAUGACAGUUUUCAUGGACCACUACUCCAACUACUCCCAGUGAUUCUCAUUCUUUUUAUGGGUCUUUUUGCACAACUCAUGGUCGGAGAUCCUCCGUUUUCUCUAACGCAAUCAAGUAAAUAUCCCAUUAAACGAUUAACUGCCGAACUCAAAGUUCCAUAUUUUGUUCGCCAAGAUUUCGUACAAUCUCAUAGUAGUCGAAUAAAACAGAUAGAAAACCAGGUGGAAGAUGAUCACAUAAAUAACCUACGGAUGAAUUGUUACAAGGAGCAAAACCAGAAAGAGACGUUGAUAUAUCGAGCUAGGUGGCAACGAGAUGAAGAGCUGAUGGCAAGAGCACAGAAGAUGGCAACGCCAAACUGCGAUCAAUUGAAAACAAUAUACGGUCGCUAA